GCGUCGAUUCGGGUGCGGACGUUAUAUCUGGCGCCGCGACGCCUCCAGGCCUCAGCCGCUCCGCAGCCGCCCGCCGAUUCACAACCCACCCCCACGAGACGAUAAAAAAGCAGCAAGAUGUGCGACGACGAAGUAGCAGCCUUGGUCGUGGACAAUGGUUCCGGUAUGUGCAAGGCCGGAUUCGCCGGGGACGACGCGCCCCGUGCCGUGUUCCCCUCGAUCGUGGGACGUCCCCGCCAUCAGGGCGUGAUGGUCGGUAUGGGUCAGAAGGACUCAUACGUAGGCGACGAGGCCCAGAGCAAGAGAGGUAUCUUGACCCUGAAGUACCCCAUCGAGCACGGCAUCAUCACCAACUGGGACGACAUGGAGAAGAUCUGGCACCACACCUUCUACAACGAACUGCGAGUCGCCCCCGAGGAGCACCCCGUCCUCCUGACCGAGGCUCCCUUGAACCCCAAGGCUAACCGUGAAAAGAUGACCCAGAUCAUGUUCGAGACCUUCAACAGCCCCGCGAUGUACGUCGCCAUCCAGGCCGUGCUCUCCCUGUACGCCUCCGGUCGUACCACCGGUAUCGUCCUGGACUCCGGAGACGGUGUCUCGCACACCGUGCCCAUCUACGAGGGUUACGCCCUGCCCCAUGCCAUCCUCCGUCUGGACUUGGCCGGUCGCGAUCUCACCGACUACCUCAUGAAGAUCCUCACCGAGCGCGGCUACUCCUUCACCACCACGGCCGAGCGAGAAAUCGUUCGCGACAUCAAGGAGAAGCUCUGCUACGUCGCUCUGGACUUCGAGCAGGAGAUGGCCACCGCGGCCGCCAGCACCUCCCUCGAGAAGAGCUACGAGCUUCCCGAUGGUCAGGUCAUCACCAUCGGCAACGAGAGGUUCCGUACCCCUGAGGCCCUCUUCCAGCCUUCCUUCCUGGGAAUGGAAUCCUGCGGCAUCCACGAGACCGUCUACAACUCCAUCAUGAAGUGCGACGUCGACAUCCGUAAGGACCUCUACGCCAACAACGUCCUUUCCGGAGGUACCACCAUGUACCCCGGUAUCGCCGACCGCAUGCAGAAGGAGAUCACCGCCCUCGCGCCCUCGACCAUCAAGAUCAAGAUCAUCGCUCCUCCCGAGAGGAAGUACUCCGUCUGGAUCGGAGGAUCCAUCCUGGCGUCGCUGUCCACCUUCCAGCAGAUGUGGAUCUCCAAGCAGGAGUACGACGAGUCCGGCCCCGGCAUCGUCCACCGCAAAUGCUUCUAAGCUGCUCGAUUACCUCGAUCACAUCUCGAAACCACACCUCGACCUCUACGGGGAUGCUUGCCCUCGUACCGGUCCCCUGAACCUACGCAUGCUGCUGCGAAUACUCGUCGACGAGACCCACGAAUCGUCAUCCGCGCGUCA